AUGGAUGUCCAUCUCCUUGUCUAUGACCUAUCAAAUGGUCUAGCCAAGCAACUAUCGUUUUCGCUCUUGGGGUUUCAACUCGAUGCUAUUUAUCAUACUUCUAUUGAGUUAGAGGGCAUGGAGUAUGUCUACGACAGUGGCAUCAAUGUGAUAAAACCGGGAACCUCUCAUUUGGGAUCACCCCUAGAAAGAAUACACCUCGGCAAGAGUGAACUGCCCAUGGAGAUAAUCGUUGAAUAUCUCGAAUCAUUGAAAGAGAUAUAUACACCUCAGGCUUACGAUCUAUUUCGACAUAAUUGCAACAACUUCAGUAAUGACUUCUCUACGUUCCUAGUCGGAAAGGGAAUACCAGAUCACAUAGCAAACAUGCCUCAAGAUGUGCUCGAUUCGCCAUUUGGUAGGAUGAUGCAACCUCAACUGGCGCAGAUGGUUGAGCAGAGGAAGGCUCAACAAGGUGGGCUGUUGGGUAUUCAGAACAAUGUCCAACCACACACUAAUGGAGCCGCCUCUACAUCAUCGUAUCAGGAUAAGUCUGGCCAUACGGGCUCUGUAAAGGUUGUGACGAGUCUCUCGGAAUUGAACCAAGUACUUGACUCUUCUCGGAAAACGGGCGCGAUUGUUUUCUUCACCAUGGCAAACUGCGGCCCUUGUAGGGUACUUUACCCCCUAUACGACAAUCUAGCGCAGGAAUAUCAGAAUAAGGUCACGCUAAUCAAGGUCGAUAUACACCAAGCAUUUGAUGUAUCAUCUAAAUACAACAUAACGUCAACGCCUACAUUCAUUACUUUCCUUCAUGGUAAAGAAGAAGAUCGGUUCACGGGUGCAGAUGCGGCCAAACUCAGGGGAACUGUCAGUCUUCUAGCUCAAAUGGCAAGUCCAAGCCACCCACACCAAUUUCUCAGGUUAAACCAUUCGACCUGGCUGGAGUCAAAACCGGUGAUAUACGAAAAAGUCAUUCCAAUUCCCAAACUCUUAUCCAAGCUGGGAUCAAAGGCCGACGACGACUCAAUUCAGGGUAUGAUACGUUUUAUCGAAACCAAAACGAGUCAGGGCCCCGCGUUAGCACACCUGCCGGAUUUGUCAGCAUUUUCCAAUUUCAUGUGCUCGGCAGUGAAAGAUCUACCCAAAGAAAUCUUGUUCCCGGUUGUAGAUCUUUUUCGAUGCGCUCUUGCAGAUGCACGGGUCAGUGGUUAUUUCGCGGAAGAACAUGACCACAAGACAGUCCUUGCUAUCGUGGAUGCUGUGAAUAAGGACACGGAAUGUCCUUACGCGUUACGAUUGAUGACAUUGCAAAUGGCUAGCAAUCUAUUUUCAAGUCACCUUUACGUAGAUCAAAUCCUUGGUAAUUCCCGGUUACGAAGUGCUAUCACACAGCUCAUCUCAUCAAGCUUCCUCGACGACAAGCACAGCACGGUCCGAGUGGCGGCCACAUCGCUAUUAUUCAACGUUGCUUCUGCAAAUCUCAAGAAGAGAUUUGAGUCGGGUGAUGUUCUCCCUGAGGAUGACCAAGUAGAAUUGGCGGCGUCACUAUUGGAAGCCAUAUCACAAGAGGAGGCAUCUAAAGAGGCGUUAGAUGGCAUGCUUUUAGCACUUGGACUAAUGACGUAUUGUCUGCCAUUAGAAGGAGAGUUAAUAGACCUCUUGAGAUCUAUGGAUGCGCAGGGGACUGUGCUGGCAAAGGAGAAACUGUUUAAGACUGAUCUUACUAGAGAUGUUGGACAGGUAUCUAUAGUCUACGGUCUCUCAACGCACGAUCACCUAUUAAGAUUUAGAGACACCAUCGCAAACAUUUGUAAAAUACUGUAUACUGGAAUGAACGGAAAGUUAGACCCGCGCAUAAUGCCUAGCCCGGAUAUGAUGUUGAGGGUUCUCCCCUCCUCUGCUUCGACACCUUCGUUGCGUUCUAGAGAUGGCACGUUGCCGCCGCACAUGAGGAUGGAUUCUGGAGGAAACGUCCGAGUUGUUGUGCGAGUGAGGGCAUUUUUACCCAGAGAGAUCGAACGGGGCGCCGAGUGCUUGAUUAGCAUGGACCCGAUCACUCAACAGACGAUCCUUCACGUACCGAAUGAUAACGACCCCGCAAACUCGAGAGCCAAGUCCCGCAAAGUAAUCGAGGAAAAGGAUUUCACAUUCGAUAAUUCAUUCUGGAGUCACGAUUUAGAAGACGAACAUUAUGCUCACCAAGAAGACGUAUACAACAGUUUAGGCGAGGAAUUCCUCGACCACAACUUUGAGGGUUACCACACUUGCAUCUUCGCCUACGGCCAGACCGGCUCUGGAAAAUCAUACACCAUGAUGGGAACGCCCGACCAGCCCGGCCUCAUCCCACGAACCUGCGAAGACUUAUUCCAACGCAUCGAAGCCGCGCAGAACGAGACACCGAACAUUUCCUACCAUGUGCGCGCCUCAUACUUCGAAGUCUACAACGAGCACGUGCGAGACCUCCUCGUGCCCGUCGUCCCCAACCAAGCCCCCUACUAUCUCAAGAUCCGCGAGUCGCCAACCGACGGCCCGUACGUGAAAGACCUAACCGAAGUGCCGGUCCGCGGCCUCAACGAGAUCCUGCGCUACAUGAAAGCCGGCGACGCGAGCCGCACCACGGCAAGCACGAAGAUGAACGACACCAGUAGCCGCAGCCACGCGGUGUUCACCAUCAUGCUAAAGCAAAUCCACCACGACAUGGGAACAGACGAGACGACCGAGCGCAGCUCGCGCAUCCGCCUCGUCGACCUCGCAGGCAGCGAGCGCGCGAAAUCAACCGAAGCAACGGGCGCGCGGCUCCGGGAAGGCAGCAACAUCAACAAAUCGCUGACGACGCUGGGGCGAGUGAUAGCAGCGCUCGCGGACCCGAAGUCGUCUCGCGGCGGUGGUGGGAAGCAGCAGCGCAGCCGCGACAUCGUGCCGUACCGGGACUCGAUCCUGACGUGGCUGCUCAAGGACUCGUUGGGGGGCAACAGCAAGACGGCGAUGAUAGCGUGCAUCUCGCCUAGCGAUUACGAGGAGACGCUGUCGACGCUGCGGUACGCGGACCAGGCGAAGCGCAUCCGCACGCGCGCUGUUGUCAACCAGAAUGAGAUCAGUGCUGCGCAGCGCGACGCGCAGAUCAGUGCUAUGGCGGAGGAGAUAAGGUUGUUGCAGCUGUCGGUUAGCGAGACGAGACAUCGCGAGAAGGAGGACGCGAGGCAGAGUGAGGAGAGGUUGGAGGAGUAUCAGAAUCGGGUGGUGGCUAUGCAGCGCAUGAUGGAGGAGAAGAGUCUGGUGGCCGAGGGCAAGAUUCGGAGUCUGCAGACGGAGAAUGAGGCGUUGAAGUUGCAUCUUAAACUUGCGCUUGAUAGUUUGAAGAACCCGAUCCCUGAGGUUGUGGUUAGAGAGGAUGAGGUGGAGGGUGAGGGGGUUAAGGAAGGGAAGGGUGGCAGGAGGGAGAGUGCUGGGUUGGUAGAUGAGGCGUAUUAUGAUCAGGAUGAUGGGUAUGAGUCGGAUAUCUACGAGGAGAAGGCCAAUGAUGUCCAGGACUACAUGCAUGAUCUCCUGGAGGACCUGGCGUUGUUCAGGAGGAAGAUUGGCGAUGAUAAGGGCAGAUGGUUGGACGAUGGUACGCGUAACCCGUUCGGCGUGAGGGUGAAUAUUUGA